UGUCAAUAUCAAGGGGAGAGAGAUAGAGACUUGUGGACUUUCGAUUGCUAUAAAUAAUGUAGGGAGUCGCCAGACUGAUCACACAUUGAAGUCAACAGCCAAAGACAACAUUACCAAUCACCAUCAACAUGUUCAAGCUGCUCCUGAUUGCUGCACCUCUUUUGGCUUGCGUCCUCGCUGCUCCUCCCCUAGGAUCCGAUGCUGUCAUUGAGAAGUUCGUUUCCGCAUCGGAUGAGAAUGGAUAUGGCUUCCAAUAUGCGCUAAGCGAUGGCUCCCACUUCUCCGAGGAGGGACAAGGUGGCAACUAUGCCCAUGGCACCUUCGGUUACAUUUCCCCUGAGGGCAUUCCCUUCGCUCUCACUUACACCGCCGACGCCACCGGCUAUCAUCCUCAGUCCGAUGCUCUGCCCACUCCUCCCCCAAUCCCAGAGGCCAUUCUGAGGAGCAUCCGUUUCAUUGAGGAGCAUCCCACACCUGAGGAGCUGGCUGAUCGUGAGGUGCGCAAAACUCAGCUUUAAGCGAAUCAUUGUUGCUCAUUAGUCGUAGGCUUUAUUUAGUGUAUAAAAUAAUUAAUUCAUUUCAUGUUUACAUACAAAUUGUCACACAUCUCGUAAGCGAGAGA